AUGUGCGAUUUCUGUCCUGACUUUCAAGGCAGCAGUGGGAAGCAUUUAUAUCGACAUCUGUUCUACAAGCAUGGAUACAGGCAGGAGGAUAUUGAAAAAGUUAAAAAGGCAAAAAGGGAGAUGAGGAUAUUGUCGAAAGCCUCGACUGUUUACAAAUGUAAAGAAUGCGAUAUAUCGUACUCCUCGAAACGUGCGUUGACAUGUCACAUUCAUGACAAGCAUUAUAUCGCAGAGUUUCAUGAAGGAUUACUGAUAUGUCCGAUCUGUUUGGAGGAUGUGAAGAGUCAAGAGGAACUGUUGGAACAUGCUCAACUUGCUCACGAAACAGAGUAUCGCCUUGACAGCCAGCUUUUCACGGACAAAAGCAAGUAUGAGGUAUGCAGGCAGUGA